UGCUUUCGCCUCGCCGCCACCACAUCAUCAUGAAGGUCCCGUCGUCGCUGCCUCUCCUCGCCCUCUGCCUCGCGUCUUCGGCCGCGCUCGACCGCUCGCUCUGGGGCAUGAACUACGACACGCGCACGAGCGAAUGGGGCGGCUGCAAGGACCAGGCGGUCAUCACCGCCGACCUCACUGCGCUCAAGACUGUCACCAACGUCGUGCGCCUCUACUCGAUGAAGCAGCCGUGCCUGGACCGCGUUCUCAAGUCGGCCAAGAACCUUGGUCUCAAGGUCUGGAUCGGCACGUGGUCGGAGGUCGCGUCGCCCAAGGUCCGCGACUCGUUCAACGAAGACUUCAAGGUGCUCCAGAGCCUCGUCAAGAGCGGCGCGAUCACCAACCAGAACGUCGUCGGUCUCCAGGUCUCGAGCGAGGCGCUCUUCCGCUACUACAUCAACGGCGGCGCCGGCGUCAACGACACGGCCAACACGAACGGCGUCGACGCGAUGAUCGCCCACCUCAACCAGACCCGUACGUUCCUUCGCCAAAACAAGCUGGACUUUCCGGUCACGAUCGCCGACGUCAUGGACAUCUACAACAACUACCCGAAGCUCUACAACGCCGUCGACGUCGUCUCGGUCAACCAGUUUUCGAUGUGGGAAAACGUCGAGCCGGCCAACGGCGCGUUCACCAUGUGGCAGCACUGGCAAAAGGUCGAGGCUCUCGCCCGCGCCGCCGGUAAGCCCGUGCUCAUGUCCGAGACGGGCUGGAGCUCGGCGGGCAACAACACGGCCAUCAAGGAGGCGUCGCCGGAGGCCGAGCGCAUCUUCACGCGUGACUUCCUCACGGUCGCGGAGCAGAUGCAGAUGAACUACUUUUACUUUGCGUCGUUCGACCUCAGCUUUGGCGACAACAUCAUUGAGCGCAACUUUGGCAUCUUUGACGUCGACCGCAAGAUGAAGGACCCGAUCGUCAAGGCCAACGUCGGCAAGGCGCCGAUCGCGGUCCGCCUCUUUGCGGGCAACAAGGUGCUCAAGGCCGACGGGUACCUCACGAGCACGUACACGCGUCUGAGCAUGGACACGCCGGCCACCGGCGCAGGCCUCGACAGCGAGAUCUGGUUCUGGGACCCGACGACGAGCGUGCUCCGCUCCAAGAGCGCCAACCAGUGCUUGGACUCGUACGGCUCGAACGACUGGCAGAACGUGCACUUGUGGAACUGCGACUUUACCAACAAGAACCAAAAGUGGAAGAUCGAAAACAACGCGGUCAAGACGCAGAACGGCGCCAACUUUUGCAUGGACUCGGACCCGUCCAUGACGUACGACGACGGCAAGCAGAAGGUCCAGAUGUGGUGGUGCUGGAACGGCCCGAACCAGAAGAUCACAAUGCGCCCGAUCGGUGCCGAGCCGAUCCAGAUCAAGCUCGGCGGCAAGGCGUGGCUCUCGGCGUCCGGUGCGGCGGUCUCGACCAAUGCCCAGACGUCGGCGAGCUGGUUCUACGACCCGAUCGCGCAAACGCUCUCGACCAAGGAGAAGACGUGCCUCGACCUCGCCACGUAUGCGCGCGACAUGCCUGUCAAGGCGACUGCGUGCGUCGCCAACAGCGCGACGCAGAAGUGGCAGUUCAACGACGUCACCGGUCAGUUCAACCACGGCACGUCGCUCGCACUCUGCCUCUCGGGCUCGGCCAAGACGGCGGACGUCGUCGCCCAGCUCUGCGACAAGACCGACGCCAACCAAAAGUGGGUCGUCUCGAUGACCAACCCGACCGCGUAAACAUCACUCACUUGUGUUAAAAGAUAAAUCUCAAAGCGUUGUAAUUAUCCGUGUC